AUGACAGCUCCCGGAGAGGAUCAUUUUCCCUUAGAGGGGAGAUCCAAUGUCUGCCUCCAGGAACGACAGAGUGUCAAGCAAUAUGUGGCCACCCGGAUCCCAACUUUGAAGCCCCCGUUAAACCCAGUCGCUUUCUGGGGUUGGACAUGGGAUGCCUUGGACUUUUUUACUGUCUCUCUGACAACAACAGAUCGUGCAGAGACUUUUAAUAAGUCUAUCACGGAUAUAACAUGGGGUAUAACCCUUGUGCUUAUGCUCAGAUCGGCGGGGGCCAUUACUUUCGGCAUCGCCUCGGAUCGUUGGGGCCGGAAGUGGCCUUUUGUGGUCAAUAUCCUACUAUUUUCUGUCUUCGAGCUCGCAACAGGCUUCGCUCGGACUUUUCAGCAGUUUUUAGCUUAUCGUGCUUUAUUUGGGAUUGCCAUGGGUGGUCUGUAUGGCAAUGCAGUAGCUACUGCACCGGAAGAUUGCCCAACAGAAGCACGCGGAAUAAUGUCCGGAAUUCUACAGGUAGGCUACAUGUUUGGUUACCUACUUGCCACAGUGUUCUCGAGAGCAUUGUUUUCCACGCCCCAACGCCUACGAAAUGAACUUGGAAAUCAAGCCACCACAACAUUUAUCCAGGAGGGAAAGGAGGCUGUUAGAAAUCAUGGACUUAUCUUUGUCUAUCUGUUUCUUUUUGCGGCAGGAAUCAACUUCAUGUCACAUGGAUCGCAAGAUCUUUACACGACAAUGUUGAAAGUACAGUAUGGAUUCUCAUCAACCCAGGUGACUAUCACUCAGAUCAUAGCCAACAUUGGUGCUAUCUUUGGUGGCACUUUAUGCUGGUGGGUCAGCCAAAUCAUUGGACGUCGCUUGUCGAUAAUUAUCAUCAGCAUCAUUGGUGGUGCCCUGAUCUAUCCUUAUACCUUCGUGAAAGGCAAUGCCAUGAUCACCAGUGCCUUCUUUGAGCAGUUUAUGGUUCAAGGAAUUGCUGCUAUUGUUCCUAUUCAUAUGUUGGAGUUAUCACCAGCCUCGUCCUGCACUUUUGUCGUUGGUGUCGCCUAUCAAUUAGGCAACCUUGCCUCGUCGGCGAGUUCAACUAUCGAAUCUACCAUUGGCGAGCAUUUUCCAUUGCACUCAACAGGCCCAGGGCAGCACAGAUACAACUACGGCAACGUGAUCUGCAUAUUCCUGGGCUGCGGGUUCGCAUAUCUCAUAUUGAUUGCCCUGGUCGGCCCUGAGCGUCUUGGACGGCGAUUUGACCCAGAAGAAGAUUCCGAUGUUGUUGAGAAUUUGGCUAUUCGUGGUGGUGAAUUUGACUUGAAGGUCAAUGUGAAACAUGAGGGAUGA